GGGAUCGCAGUCGAUCUCGUUGGUUUGCGACUAUCUCCUUGCGUUUGUACUUCGUCGUAUUCUUGUAACACGAGACUUUACGUCGAUUUGUCCUAAUACGAGGUGCACGUCUUGUGAGUCAGGAUGAAAUACAUGGCGUUAGCAAUGAUUCUGGGAUUGGCGGUGGCACAGGAUCCAAAUUAUCAUGGACGCAACUAUCAGCACGAUGAUGGACAACCGACUGACAGCAGACGACCUACAUCCACUACCCCCAUCCCGAUUUUGCAUUGGAACAAACAACAGGAACACGAUGGAACUUAUAAAACUAGUUACGAAACGGGCAACAACAUCAUCGCCGAAGAAAGUGGCUACAUCAAGACCAUCGGUGAAGGUGAAGACCGGGCGGAGGCGAUCGUUCAGCAAGGCACCUUCUCGUACACGAGUCCCGAGGGACAGCUGAUCACCAUUCACUACACCGCCGAUGAGACCGGCUUUCACGCGCAGGGCGAUCACAUUCCCACGCCACCGCCCGUUAGCGAAGAGAUCCAAAAAGGCCUCGACCUCAUCUACGCGGGCAUUCGUCAGCAAGAGGAAGAAGAAGCUCGCGCAGCAGCCCAAAAGUCGCAACAACCAUUGAACCAGCAAAUCGAUAGGCGGGACGACUACAAUAGAAAGUAUCAGUGAGCCCCUGUCGAGCCUCCUGCGAUAUAGCAUAUUUACAGCACUGUAUCGUUAUUAAGAAAUAGCAAUUAAGUUGUUAAGUUACAUUAUUCUCUCGCGCGUUCCACACACAAAUACGCUCACCAUUAUGUGUAUACAUUUGCAUUAAGAAACAUCGCUUGAUAA